AUGCCCGAGCCAACAAAAAAAGCAGUUUCAGCGUUUUCCAAGAAACCAAAGACUCAGGAAGCAGAAGCGGGAUCAUCAGUGGUCUUUGAAGCAGAGACCGAGAAGCCUGAUGCUAAAGUAAAAUGGCAGUGCAACGCAAAGGACAUUGCAAGUGACAAAAAAUACGAGAUCACAGCCAAUGGAAACAAGCACUCCCUCACUAUAAAAGCUAUUGCCAAAGAAGAUGCCAAUAUCUAUGCAGUGAUUGCUGGGGGGUCAAAGGUCAAGUUUGAGCUGAAGGUCGUAUCAAAGCCAGGUAACACCGAAGCUCCAGCUGAGGCCCCUGCUGAUGGAUCCAAGGAGCCCCAUGUAGAACCAGAGCAGACCCCUGCUCCACCUGAAGCAGCACCCACAGAGGACAAGCCCGCCGCCCCAGCAAAUGAUGCUCCUCCAUCUGAGGAUGGACAACCUCCAGACACCAGACAGGAUCUCACUGGCCUCUUCCUGGAGAAACCCAAGAGUGCAGAGGUCAUUGAAGGUCAAAAUAUCACGUUUGUGGCUAAAGUAAAUGCUGAAUCAUUGCUGAAAAAACCAACCAUCAAAUGGUUCAAAGGGAAGUGGAUGGACCUCGCCAGCAAAUCUGGAAAACACCUGCAGCUGAAAGAGUUGUAUGACCGCAACUCGAAGAUCUACACAUUUGAGAUGCAGAUCAUCACAGCCAAGGCUAACUUUGCUGGAGGUUACAGAUGUGAGGUGUCAUCUCGGGACAAGUUUGACAGCUGUAAUUUUGACUUGGCUGUACAUGAGGCUCGUGCUGCUGACACAGGCCUGGACAUAAGAGCAGCAUUUAGGCGGACGAAUGAAGCCGGUAAGAAGAGAAGUGGACCAUCAACAAGUAGCGUAGACGGAAAAGAAGACUCAGGAGAGCUGGACUUCAGCACGUUAUUAAAGAAGAGCAGCAGUUUCAUUAAAUCCAAUCGAGCUGUGCAGCAAAUCAACACAGACAGUGGUGUGGAUGUGUGGAAUAUUCUCAAAAAAGCUCCUGCUUCAGAAUAUGAGAAGAUUGCUUUUCAGUAUGGCAUCACCGACCUGAGAGGCAUGCUCAAGAGACUGAAGAAGAUGAAGGCAGAAGAGAAGAAAAGCGUAGCUUUCCUCAAAAAGAUGGAUCCUGCCUACCAAGUGGAAAAGGGACAUAAGAUAAAGUUAGCAGUUCAGGUUGCUAAUGAAGAUGUUGAUGUGAAAUGGCUGAAGAACGGACAAGAAAUUCAACCAACCGGAAGCAAAUACAUCUUUGAGAGUGUUGGAAACAUGCGCUACCUCACGAUCAACCACUGCUCAUUGGCUGAUGAUGCAGCAUAUUGCUGUGUGGUGGGUGACGAGAAAUCCACCACUGAGCUCUUUGUUAAAGAGCCUCCUGUCCAGAUUGUGAAGAAUCUGGAGGAUCAGAUGGUGAUGAAGGGCGAGCGGGUGGAGUUGGAGUGUGAAGUCUCAGAGGAAGGAGCCACUGUUAAAUGGGAGAAAGAUGGCGUGGAGCUGACAAGAGACGAGUCUUUCAAGUAUCGCUUCAAGAAAGAUGGCUGUAAACACAUCUUGAUUAUUAAUGAGGCUACAAAAGAAGACUGCGGCCACUACAAGGUUAAAACAAACGGUGGCGAGUCUAUGGCUGAGCUAAUGGUGCAGGAGAAAGACCUGGAGAUCUACCAGAGCAUUGCUGAUCUCACAGUGAAGGCAAAAGAUCAGGCGGUUUUCAAGUGUGAGGUCUCGGAUGAGACCGUGAAGGGUACCUGGUUCAAGAACGGAGUAGAGGUCAAGGCUGAUGCAAGAGUAAAUAUCACACAUAUUGGCAGGAUCCACAAACUGACCAUUGAUGAGGUGAAACCUGAGGAUGAGGGAGACUACACUUUUGUGCCUGAUGGUUUCGCUUACAAUCUUUCUGCCAAACUCAAUUUCUUGGAGGUGAAGAUUGAUUUUGUGCCACGUCAAGAUCCUCCUAAGAUCCACCUGGACUGUAUGGGGCGCACUGCCGACUCAACCAUCAUGGUGGUGGCUGGCAACAAGUUGCGUCUAGAUGUCCCUAUCACUGGAGACCCUGCUCCCACAGUGGUCUGGACCAAAGGACAGAAGGCUAGUUCUGUAAAACCUGACGGAGAAGAUAAAGGAGAGCCGGCAUCCUCUUGGACUGUGACGGAUGGGAAAAUCCUCACUGAGGGAGACGAGAGGGUCCAUGUGGAAACAAGCAAAGGCCACUGUGUCUUCACCAUCGAGGGGACCGAGAGGCAGGAUGAGGGAAUCUACUCUGUUGUGGUUCGCAACCCUGCCGGUGAAGACACUGCGGACAUUAAUGUGAAAGUUGUUGAUGUUCCUGAUCCUCCCCAGACUCCCAAAAUCCUCAGCGUGGGAGAGGACUCUUGUGUUGUCCAAUGGGACCCCCCUCGGUUCGAUGGUGGACAGCCAAUCAUUGGCUAUGUGUUGGAGAGAAAGAAAAAGAGGAGCUUCAGGUGGAUGAGACUGAACUUUGACCCUUUCCCUGGCACAACCUAUAACGCCAAGCGGAUGAUUGAAGGAGUGGAGUAUGAGAUGCGAGUCUAUGCUGUUAAUGGCAUCGGCAUGUCGCGCCACAGUGCUGCCUCACAACCGUUUGUGCCAGUCGCUCCUACAAGUGAGCCCAUCGGACUCUGCGUGGACGACAUCAGUGACACUACCAUCUCGCUGAAGUGGCGUUCACCUGAGAGGAUCGGCUCAUCUGAACUCGAGGGCUAUGGGGUCGAGUACUGCAAGGAGGGCACGGAUGAGUGGAUUCCAGCCAUUGAGGGUCUGACAGACAGGACAUCAUUGCUCAUCAGAGACCUCACCACCGGAGACAAGCUGCAGUUUCGUGUGCGGGCCUACAACAUGGCGGGGCCAAGUGCUCCUGCCACUCUGGCUCAGCCCGUCACCAUCAGAGAGAUAAUGCAACGCCCUAAAAUUUGGCUUCCCAGAAAUCUUCGCCAGACUUUGAUCAAGAAAGUUGGAGACACCAUCAAUCUUACGAUUCCUUUCCAGGGUAAACCCCGGCCUAAGGUUACAUGGAGUAAAGAUGGGGAGCUUCUUGACCCCACACGUGUCAGUGUGAGGAACAGCGAUGUAGAUUCAAUCCUCUUCAUUCGCAAAGCAGACAGAAAACACUCUGGGAAGUACGACCUCAAGUUGGAGAUUGAGAACGUGGAAGACAAUGCGAGCAUCACACUGCAGAUUGUCGACCUCCCAGGGCCCCCUGAGGCUGUGAAGAUCAUGGAUGUCUGGGGCUUCAAUGUGGCUCUAGAGUGGAAGCCACCUAAGGACGAUGGAAACACUGAAAUAACUGGUUACACUGUUCAGAAAGCUGACAAGAAGACCAUGGAGUGGUUCACAGUUUAUGAACACUACCGGAGAACCCACUGCGGCGUGUCUGACCUCAUUAUGGGUAAUGAGUACUUCUUCCGUGUCUUUGCCAUCAACCUGGUGGGUCUCAGUCCAGACCCCACCAGCACAAAAGACAGCGCCUAUAUACAGAAAACAGGUAUCGCAUACAAGCCGCCAUCCUACAAGGAGCACGACUUCUCGCGGGCUCCCAAGUUUACGCAUCCUUUGGUGAACCGUUCUGUCAUAGCAGGAUACAACGCCACCCUCAGCUGCUCAGUCAGCGGCAUACCAAAGCCCAAAGUGACCUGGUACAAAAACAAGAUGGACAUCUCAAAUGAAGCCAAGUUCCGGAUGCUCAGUAAGCAGGGUGUUCUGACGUUGGAGAUCCGUAAGCCCUGUGCAUUCGAUGGGGGAGUGUAUAUGUGCAAAGCGGUCAAUGACAGUGGAGAGGACGUUGUGGAGUGUAAGCUGGAGGUUCGCCCUCAAAUUGUUAAAGAAGAAAAGAAGAAGCCGGCACCGGCACCGGCACCGGUAGAGGAUACUUUUCAGUGA